AUGGUCUCUCGGUACAACCCUCUCACCAGCACCAUCGACGAGCGUUCGCUCAACUCCUGCCUGCUUCCCCUCGCCUCCGUACACCUCGCCGCCAUCACCACCGCGGAAGGGCUCUGCUCCGCGUCCCGCUCGUCCCCCGCCGACCUCCCCGCAGCCAACGGCGACGCAGGCGCACCCGCACCCUCCGGCGCAGCCAACGGCGCAGGAAAAGGCGCGGGGUUGAAGCCGCAGCAGCGGGAUCCGCACACGUGUCACAAGGGCGGGCGCGCGGAGCAGCCUCACGCGGUGCAGCAGCGGCUGGCGGGGUUCCACGCGUCGCAGUGCGGUUUCUGCACGCCUGGCAUGUCCAUCGCGCUCUACGCUGCCCUCCGCCGCCGGCGCGCGGGAGCCUCUGGGGAGGGAGUGGAGGCGGUGAGUGGGCUGACGGAGCAGGAGGUAGAGGAGGCAAUGGCUGGGAACCUGUGUCGGUGCACAGGAUACCGGCCCAUUCUCGACGCCUGCAAGAGCUUCGCUGGGGCGAACGGUAGUGCGGCUACAUCAGGAGCAGCAGCUGCAGCAGAAGCAGCAGGGGAGUUGAUGGAUUUGGAAGAGCUUGGGUCUGUUGGUGCUGCAGGAAUGCGCUCCUGUACGGUGCUGGAUAUUAGUGAGUUUGCCCCUGCUGCGACCUCCGCUCAGUCGCACGGCGAGGGGGAGUGUGGCGGGAAGGGCAGCAGCGGCGAAGGCGGCGGCGGCGGGAAGUGCAGCAAGAGCGGCAGCGGCAAGUGCAGCGGGCUGUGCGGUACGCCUCGCAAGCCCCUCCCGCGCUACGAUCCGGCCUCCGACCCGCCAUUCCCCGCCUGGCUCACCGCGGAGACCCAGCGCCAGCUCAGCGCGCAGCAGAAGCAGGCAGCAGGGGAAGAUAAGAUGCUCGGGUGGGAAGUCUGGGAGGAGUCAGGCGCGGGAGAAGCGGCAGGCGUGGGCGGCGCUGGGGCGAAUGGAGAGGUGAGUGCGGCGGGGGAGGAGGAGGCGGGGGAGCAGGCGGAGGAGGUGAAGGUUGAGAGGAAAGGGAGGAAGGUUGCGUGGGUGGCGCCGAGAAGUCUCGAGGAGCUGCAAUCCGUGCUGCUGGGAGGCAAGGGAGAAGGAGGAGCGGGUGAUGGUGGGGAGGUUCGGCUGGUGGUGGGGAACACUGCGGUGGGUGUGUAUCCUGAGCUGGGUCGCUAUGAUGGGGUGGCUCGUGUGACGAGAGUAGACUUGAAGCGCCUGCCUGAGCUGCAGCGCGUGGCGUGGGAAGAAGGGCCGGGUGGCGAGGAGAGUGAGGGGGGUGAAGCGGGUGCGCGUGUGAUGGGGAUUAGAUUUGGUGCUGCUGUGUGCUUGGCCGAUGUGAUUGCUGUGCUGGACACAGUAGCAGGGAAGGGAACUGGUGCUUCCACCACCAGCAGCAGCAGCAGCACCAGCGACGGUGCUCCAGUAAUUACUUGCUGGGAUGAAGCAACGGCGGCAGGAGCAUCAUCAGCAGCAGCAGCGGAGGUGUUCUCUAGCGUGGCGGCUCACCUGCGCAAGGUAGCAGGGCCGCACGUGCGCAACGCUGCCAGCAUCGGUGGGAACCUUGUGCUCGCCGCCUCUCGCCGCGCCUUCCCUUCUGACGUCGCCACACUCCUGCUCGCCCUGAACGCCUCCGUGCGCACCGCCACUCCCACCCUCCCCACUGCCGCGUCCGGCGCAGGAGGAGGAGCAGGAGGAGCAGGAGGCAGUGACGGGUGGGAAUGGGAGGAGGUGUCUCUAGAGCAGUUUCUGCUGCGCGGUCCUCUGCCCAGCACCACUCUGCUGCACUCCGUCUUCCUGCCCUGCCCCUCGCUCCCUCCCUCCGCCUCCUCUGCGGACCAGAAGCUGGUGUUUGACUCCUUCCGUGCGUCUGUCCGCCCCUCUGGCAACGCCUAUGCGUACGUCAAUGCCGCGUUCCUCCUUCGCCUCACCCCCGCUUCCUCUUCCUCCUCCUCCUCCUCGUCCCCCAUCAUCCACUCCGCUCGGGUGGUCUUUGGGGCAUUUGGCAGCCCCCACGCCAUCAGAGCGCGCCAAGCCGAGUCCUGCCUGCUUUCUGCAGCAGCCAACGGCGCGCUGACACCUGGCAGCGUGCUGGAGGCGGUGAGGGCAGUGCGGGGGGAGGUGGUCCCUCCGGAGGGGACCCGGUGGGCGGAGUAUAGAGCAGAGGCGGCUGUUGGGUUCCUCUUCUCCUUCCUCUCCCGCCACCUGCCCCAGAUCGACCCGCCCCAGAAGAGCCUGCAGGACGGCGCUGCUCCUGCUGCUGCUGCUCCUGCUGCUGCUGCUGCUGCUGCUGGGGCUGCUGGUGGUGAUAGUGUGAGUGGAGACGGAGUGAGGGGCAGCAGCGAGCAGCAGCACGUGGUGAUGAGGGGGCAGCAGGUGUACAGCGUCACCAACGACGUCUUCCCCCUCGCCCUGCCCCUCCCCAAGCUCGGCGUCGACCUGCAAGCCACAGGCCAUGCGAUCUUCGUGGAUGACAUCCCAGUGCCGUCCUCCUGCCUGUACGCCGCCUUUGCCGUCUCCACGCACGCCUGUGCAAGCAUCACCUCGCGCUGCUACGCCGCAGCGCUCGCCUCUCCAGGCGUGGUGGCGGUGCUGGACGCCUCGCACCUCCCCCCUGGUGGGGCCAACGUGGGCUCGAACCUCAUGGGCUCGGUUGACCCGCUCUUUGCUGAAGGGCGCACGGAGUAUUACGGCCAGCCGCUGGCUCUUGUGGUUGCUGACUCAUACCGCCAUGCACAGGAAGGCGCACGGAAGGUGCUCUGCACGUAUGACUCCUCCCCUCCACCUGCUGCUGCUGCUGCUCACAAGCCAACAACAGCACAAGCAGCAGAACCGGCACCAGCAGCAGCAGAAGCAGAACGACCAGCAACAGGAGCAGAACCAGCAGCAGAAACAGCAGCAGCAGCAGCAGCAGCGGUGGCAGCACCUGGGGUAUCGGCAGGCGAGGCGAGUGGUGGCACAGCCAUUGUGACCAUAGAGCAGGCUGAGGCUGCCGGGUCCUUCUUCACUCUCAACCCUAUGUUCCUCAUGGCCCUGCCCCGCCGCGGAAACUUCCAGGAAGCCUUCGACAAGAGCCCUCUGAAAAUCACCGGAGCCGAGGUGCGCUCGGGCUCGCAGCAGCACUUCUACAUGGAGCCACAGGUGGCGAUGGCAGUUCCAGACGAGGGUGGCACGAUCACUGUGUACAGCGCAACUCAGUCCCCGCAGAUCACACAGGAGAGCGUGGCCGUGGCUCUGGGGCUGCCGGCUAGCUGUGUGCGCGUGGUCACUCGCCGCCUGGGAGGCGGGUUUGGCGGCAAGGCCUGCCAGUCCUCCUGGGUGGCAGUGGCAUGUGCGCUGGCAGCGCAGCACCUGCACCGCCCCGUGCGCAUGGCCCUAGAGCGCAAGGCAGACACAGCCCUGGUGGGCGGCAGGCAUGAGUCGAGGGCCCGCUACGACGUGGGGUUUGACGAGACUGGCUGCGUGCAUGCGCUGCGCGUGAGCGCGGUGCUGAACGGCGGAUGCAGUGAGACCAUGAGUAACUGGCUGGCCAUGGCCUACGGCCCUGCCAUCACGCAAUACGACUGGGGCUCGCUGCACAUCGAUUUCAAGAUUGCCAAGACCAACCUACCCACGCGGGUGACAGUGAGGGCGCCAGGCGAGGUGCAGGGAGUGCUGGUUGCGGAAACAGUCAUGGAUCAUGUAGCUGCAACCCUGAACCUGGAUCCAGUGCUAGUCCGCGAGCGCAACCAUAUCACCACUGACUCCCUCCGUGCCUUCUUCCCCCGCGACGUCCUUCCUGCUGCUCCGGCUUCUCCUGCUCCUGCUGCGGAGGAUGAGGGUGCAAAGGAGGAAAAGGCGGAGGAUGAGGGUGCGAUCGCGGAGAGAGUGUGGAGGGAGGUUAAAUCACUUGCCAGCUACAGCAAGCGUGCAGCGGCAGUACAGGAAUUCAACUCAGCACACAAGUGGCGUAAGAGAGGCCUCGCCAUUGCUCCUGUGCACUACAAGAUCGGUAUCAUGGGCAAGCCGGCACGUGUGACUGUGUUUGGUGAUGCUUCAGUGGUGGUGGAGACAAGAGGAGUGGAGAUGGGUCAGGGGCUGUUUACCAAGGUGCGGCAGGCUGUUGCUAACUCCCUCAACCAACUCUGGCUCAACAUCCUCAGGAGCAGCAGCAGCAAGUAUGGAGUGGACGUGAGCCGUAUCCGAGUGGUGGAAAACGACAGCAUAUCCCUGGCCAACGGUGGCAUCACUGCUGGAAGCAGCACAUCCGAGGCCUCCUGUGCUGGCGCCCAGCUAGCCUGCGACCAGCUGCUCCCCCUGCUGCACGCCGCCAAAGCAGCAGCAGAAAAGGCCAAGGCGUGCAAGCGGCUCGGGGUGACAGGCGGAGGCCCAGGAGGAAUGUUUGGGGGCGGAGCAGCAGCAGGAGCGGGUGAUGUGGUGGUGGGGGAGGAGGAUGUGGCCAGCUGGGAGGAGGUUGUGGGGCAGGCUAAGGCCAUGCGCAUGUACCUGUCGGCUCAGGCUAACUAUCAGCCGAAGCCACUUCCUGGCAGCUUUUUCCUCUCCUACUUCAACUUUGGAGCUGCGGUCUCAGAGGUGGAGGUGGAUGUGGCAACAGGGAGUGUAAGUGUGCUACGGUGUGAUAUUCACUAUGACUGUGGCCGCAGCCUCAACCCUGCUGUGGACAUUGGACAGGUGGAAGGGGCUUUCGUGCAAGGUCAGGGCUUCUUCACAACAGAGGAGGUGGUGGUGGAUGAGUCAUCAGGCAGGCUGUUGACGGAUGGCACGUGGUCCUACAAGGUGCCGUCGUUUGACACUGCGCCCCGCCAGCUCAACGUCUCGCUGCUGCAGGGCUCUGGAAACGACCGCGGCGUGCUCUCCUCCAAAGCAUCUGGGGAGCCCCCUCUCCUUCUUGCUGUUUCCAUCCACUCUGCCAUUCGCUAUGCCAUUGCUGCUGCACGUCACGAGUUUGAGAACCCCCAGACGGAAGCUGCUGCUAAUGGCAGUGAUGAGUUUGUGCGCUUGGAUUCCCCAGCCACCAUGGCUGUGGUUCAGCAGGCAUGUGGGUCGCAUCUCGUGGAAGCUUACCUGGAGAAGCAGCUUAUGGCUUCCCCUGCUGCAGCAUCUGCUGCUGCUGCUGGUGGUCCUGGCUACUCACAGGCCUUGGGGCUCUUUGAGAAGAUUUUUGAAGCCAAGCCAAACGUAGUUUUCACGUCUUGCUCAGCAGUGUUAGCCAAUGAACAGCUUGAAGCCAUUCAGCUGCGGCUGGAGUGCUUAUCAUGUUUGGAAAGGCUGGGGCAGCAAGACGAAGCUGCAAGCAUUUUGAUGUGGACACUAGAGGCACGUGCUCACCUCACCCAUGCGAUGCUCUUUGAUCCAAGCACAAGGGUUCGUCGAGCUGCUGUUCAGAUCCUCUCUGCAUCGCCCAACAUCGACCAAG